AUGAGUCUUGCGGCCCCUGAGCCAAAGACUGUUUCCGCACCGGAGCUCUCGGGCCAAUUGGUCGAGCUUUUGGAGAAGCACAACCUCGCGCUUGAAUUGAAUACACUUCUCAAGAGUGAUAGAUUUCCUCGCGCACCUGUUCUGAUUAGGCGACAAAAUACUACCUCUGGCUCUGGCUCAAAAUCUGGCGGCUCUAGCUCAGGAUCCGGAUCAGACGACGACUCAGAUUCAGAUAGCGGUGGUUCAAGUCGCGUUGGAUUGACAGACGCUCUCGGCGAGUUGGGAGACCUUCUCAAAGCCCUCAAGGCAACAUUGAAGCCUCCCGCGCCCAACCAAAUCAGAAGUCUCCUUGAUAAAGCAGGUCCUUUGCUGGAUCUUGUUGGCGAACUCAACCUCAAGGAUCUUGUCGACCAGCUCAAGGAUGUCGAUAUCGCUGGUAUCGUAUCCAAGAACAUCAACGACUUCGUCAAGCAGACCAAGGGCCUUAUUGGUGACGUCUCGCCUCUUCUCGACGAGCUUGCUCCUCUUCUCAAGAAGCUCACCGGCCUUGAUCUCGAGGGCAUUCUAUCAGCUUUGGACCCACUUCUCAAGAAGGAGUCUAUCCAGGGCAUUACCGUCGAUGAGAUCCAGGGUCUCCUCGGUGAAGUCUCCCCCAUCAUUAAGGACAUUGCCCCACUUCUCGAGCAACUCACCAAGCUCAACCUUGAAGAAGAUGAUUCUAUCAAGGGUAUCUUGAGCUUGCUGAAGAACGCCGAGACUCUCUUGACACCCAAGUUUGUGGACCAGACGCAAGACCUCAUCGGUGCCGCGUCUCCACUGAUCGACAAGUUGAACGAUGUCGAUCUCAAGGGUAAGGAGGCCAUCCAAGGACUUGUCGGACUGCUUAACAACGCAGAAGACUUGUUGACCAAAGAUACCGCGUCUCCCUUAAUUGAGAAGCUCUCCGACAUUGACCUCAAGGGGGUUCUGGACGCGUUGAGCCCCAUCCUGAAGAAGGAGGCUAUUCAGGGUCUCGAUACUGUCAAGAGUAUCAAGACCCUACUAUCACAAGCAUCGCCAUUGAUCGACAAGCUCUCAGAUAUCGAUCUCAAGGGCAAGGAGGCUAUUCAGGGCUUGGAGACUGUGAAGAGCAUCAAGACAUUACUGUCACAAGCUUCUCCUCUGAUCGACAAGCUUGCCGACAUCGACCUGAAGGGUCUUCUCGAUGCUCUUAGCCCCAUCUUGAAGAAGGAGGCCAUCCAGAACCUUGAGACCGUCAAGAGUAUCAAGACCUUGUUGUCCAGCGCCUCACCUCUCAUCGAUAAGUUGUCUGAUCUCGACUUGAAGGGCAUUCUCGAUGCACUUGGCCCCAUUCUCAAGAAGGACGCCAUCGAAGGUCUCGAGACUGUGAAGAACAUCAAGUCUCUGCUUACCAGUGCUGGUCCUCUCAUCAACGAAUUGAAGAAGAUUGAUCUCGCUGGCGACUCCAUCAAGGGUAUCGUUGGAUUGUUGGGUAACGCCGAGAGUCUCUUGACCAAGGACUUCGUCCCGCUCUUGACCAGCCUCGGCAAGAUUGAUCUCAAGGGUCUUCUCGAUGCGCUUGCACCACUGCUUACCAAGGAUUCGAUCAAGGGUAUUGACUUUGUUUCUCAGACCAACUUGGAUGAUGCUGAUCUCAAGGGUCUGCUUGAUCAAGUCGGUCCUCUUCUCAAGGAGGUCGGCAAGCUCAAGCUUCAGGAUAUCAUCAGUGCCGUGGCACCUCUCCUCACCAAGGAUUCCAUCAAUGGCAUCGUUGGACUCCUCAACAAUGCCGAGAACCUCCUUACCAAGCAGUUUGUCUCUCAGACCAAGUCGCUCAUCGGAAAGGCCUCUCCUCUUCUCGACAGUCUUGACAAGGCGGAUCUUGCAGGCUUACUCGACCAGGUUGGUCCUCUGCUCAAGGAAGUUGGCAAGCUUAAGCUUCAGGACAUCUUGAGUGCAGUCCAGCCACUGCUUACGAAGGACUCCAUCAAUGGCAUCGUUGGUCUGCUUGAUAACGCCGAGAACCUUCUCACCAAGGACUUCGUUUCCCAGACCAAGUCUCUCAUCUCGAAGGCUGGACCAUUGAUCACUAGCGUGUCCAAGCUCAACCUUGAGGACCUGCUUGACCAAGUUGAACCGCUGCUGAAGAUGCUCGGCAAGCUUGAUCUCGAGGGCAUUCUCGGCGCUCUUGCGCCUCUUCUCACCAAGGACUCAAUCAAGGGCAUCGUGCGCCUCGUUGAUAACGCUGAGAAUCUGUUGACAUCGAAAUUCGUCAACGAGACUCAGACGCUUAUCUCUGGCGCUGUUCCCCUGAUCUCCUCGCUAGAGGAUGCUGAUCUGCCCGAAUUGCUGGACCAGGUAGGCCCUCUGCUGAAGGAGAUUGGCAAGAUCGAUCUCGUCAAGCUCGUCAAGAAGCUCUCACCUCUUCUCGAUGAGAUCAGCGACUUGGACAUCAAGGGUCUCUUCGACGCACUUGCGCCGCUACUCUCACCCAAGGGAGUCAAGGGCAUCAUGGAUCUUCUUGGCAACGCUGAGGAUCUUCUCACGCCCAAGUUUGUCAAUCAGACUCAAACGCUUAUUGGUGAAGCUGUACCGCUCGUGGAAGCACUUGGUGAUAUCGAUCUCAAGAAGCUCAUCAAACAGCUCCAGCCUCUUCUUGAGGCCCUCGGCGAGAUUGACUUGGGUGAUCUCAUCAAGAAGGUCAAGCCACUUCUCAAUGCUAUCAUGAAGAUCGAUCUCGUCAAGCUGGUUAACAAGCUUCUGCCGCUACUUGAUACUCUGGAUGACAUUGACCUUGACGGCUUGCUCAAGGCGAUCGAGCCUCUCCUUACGCCAAAGAGUAUCAAGGGCAUUGUCGGUCUCGUUGACAACGCGGAGGAUCUCCUCACAGCCAAGUUCGUCAACCAGACACAGACCCUCAUUUCGGGCGCAGUACCAUUGAUUGAGGUCUUGAACAAGCUCGACCUUGAGGAGCUCUUUGAGAUUAUUGAGCCUUUGCUCAAGGAGCUGGACGGUCUUGACCUCACUGGUCUUGUCGACGCUGCCAAACCUCUGCUCAAAGCCCUCAAGAAGAUUGACGUUCAGGAGAAAGUGAGGGGAAACGAUCAUGUGCCGGAUCUUCUGCCCAUCACUUAUCAGAUUCGAGUCUGGUUCGUAUUCACACCCUGGCACCCCCGGUCCUUUAGUUCUAUACCCCGCUUGCAGAUCAGAAUUUCCAGGACGGCACCAGCUGGGAUGGGCCUGAGAGAACCUACAGCGGCGGGCGCUGAUACUUCUGCGCCUGCAGAGACGACAAAUGCUGCUGGCGAACAGAACGCGCCGGCUGCUGAUGCUGCCAGCAACGACGCCUCUUCCGACGACCAUGUCCGCGAUGAGAAGGUCGCUCCAGGCCCAACCAAAUGGCAAAAAGUGAAGAGUCAUUUCUGGCGAUACAAAUGGUGGUAUCUCUUAGCUAUCGCUAUUCUUCUCGCCAUUUUACUGCCACUGCUCUUCACUGUCAUCAUUCCCGCAAUCGUCCAAGACAUUCUCAAUGACCAGAAGCUCCCCAUUUACGGCGGCGCUUUACAGGUUAUAUCUCCAACCGAAGUGAACAUGAGUAUCGAGACACAAUUAAAAACGCCAAUCGCUGCGACUCUUAAGCCAGUGGAUCUCUUCCUCUACAGCAAGGAAACGAAGCCCGUGUCCUCAUUCUUCAAGCUUCAAUUCCCUGAAACGCACAUCAAGAGCCACACUAAUGUCACCAUCACCAACCAGACGCUCCUGGUGACAAAUGAGACUGAGCUGACGAAGUGGUUCAAUGUUUUCUUCGAUAAACCCGAUGCUGAGUUGUCGUUAGAGGGAAAGCCUGAGAUUAGGCUUGGCUCUUUGAAGUAUCACCGCAGUCUGAAGAAGACUGUUGACAUUGCUUCUCUCAAUUACCUUGACGGCUUUGCGCUCAAGAGCUUAGACUUUGAUCUGAAUGCCAAUCGGACAUCAAAGAACAACAUGAAGGGAAUGCUAAACAUCCCAAACUCCGGAGUCCUUCGACUUGGACUAGGCAACCUGACAUUCAAUGUCAUGUCGGGCGACAUUAGACUCGGUCUCAUCAACCUCUGGGAUCUGCAGCUCUGGCCAGGCAACAACUCUGUACCGUUCGAUGGCAACUUCUACUUCGACCAGCUGGUUCCCAACCUCUCUGAGAUCCUCGAUAUGCAAAAAGGACCUCUAGGUAACGGCUAUCUGGAGUUCAACGCAACAGGAAACACCACCAUUGCUGGUGGUGAACACAUCAAGUACAUAGAAGGAGUGUUGAACUACAAGCAUAUCAGGUUCACCUUCCCCGUGAUCACUCUGUUGGGUGAUGUCCUUGGUGGCUUGCUGGACGCCAACCAGGGCUCGCUUCUGGAUAUCUUUGGCACUUCGAUUGGAAAUUCGACGUUGCUUGAACACGUCCUGGGACAUUGGGAUAAUAACGGCGAAGGAGGAUCUUCUAAUAAGACUGCAAGGAGUUUGAUGGAGAGGAGUAAGACCAGAGCACCAAAGGCCUGGAUGUGGAGUCUUCUUAAAUUGGGUUUAACGAGGAGGAGCUUAUGA